CACUAGGCCGAAGAUGCCGACCAAGCUAUGAGCAAGUACCUCUCUGAAAAGCUCAAGUUCCGAGAGCAUUGGCUGGGCGUCUGGAAGACAAACCCCGAGCUGUUCUUUGUGAAAUAUGAGGAAUCUUCGAUCCCUUUUGUUGGUAUACUGGUGGAGGUGACCUAUAAACCAUGCCAAAGCUCAUCAUCUUGUUUCAAAGUCACAGUGUCUGUGGCUGAGCCCUUUUCAUCCAACAUCGCAAAUAUUCCAAGGAAGCUGGUGCAUGAGAUCCUGGAAGAGCUGGAGCAUAGCGUACCCCUCUUGGAAGUGUACCCCGUGGAAGGACAAGAUACCCAGGAUAUUGCUUUGGCAUUGGAAGUUGUAAGGUUUUUUUAUGACUUUCUUUGGAGAGCCUGGGAUGAUGAAGAAAGUUGUGAGAAUUACACAGCUUUGAUCGAAGAAAGAAUUAAUUUGUGGUGUGAUAUCCAAGAUGGAACAAUACCUGGGCCUAUUGCACAGCGGUUUAAAAAGACUUUGGAUAAGUAUAAAAACAAACGUGUCGAGCUCAUUGAAUAUCAGAGCAACAUCAAAGAAGAUUUGUCUGUUGCAGAGGCUGUUGAAUGCUGGAAAAAAUACUAUGAGAUUGUCAUGCUCUGUGGAUUACUGAAAAUGUGGGAAGAUUUACGCCUCCGAGUUCAUGGUCCUUUCUUCCCAAGAAUUCUGAGGCGAAGGAGAGGAAAAAGAGACUUUGGGAAGACAAUAACACAUAUUGUGGCAAAAGUGAUGACCACUGAAAUGGUAAAGGACUUGUCUUCAGACACACUUCUUCAACAGCAUGAUGACCUGGAUUUAGCUCUGGACAGCUGUUACAGUGGAGAUACAGUGGUCAUUUUCCCAGGCGAAUAUCAGGCUGUCAAUCUGGCUUUACUGACCGAUGACAUCAUUAUUAAGGGAGUUGGGAAGAGAGAGGAAAUCGUGAUCACUUCCGAACCAUCCCAUGACAGUUUCGUGGUGUCCAAAGCGCAGAAUGUGAAACUCAUGCAUCUGUCUUUGAUCCAGCAAGGGACGGUGGACGGGAUUGUGGUGGUGGAGUCGGGGCACAUGACCUUGGAGAACUGUGUGCUCAAGUGUGAGGGCACAGGAGUGUGUGUGCUCACAGGUGCGGCUUUGACUAUCACAGACAGCGAGAUAACUGGUGCCCAGGGGGCAGGGGUCGAGCUAUACCCUGGAAGCACAGCUGUUCUGGAAAGGAAUGAAAUUCACCAUUGCAAUAAUCUUCGAACUACUGACAGUUCCAAGAGCACUGUAGGUGGAGUAAAUAUGAAGGUUCUUCCGGCCCCCAAACUUAAGAUGACAAAUAACCACAUUUACAACAACAAUGGCUACGGUGUAAGCAUCCUUCAACCCAUGGAGCAAUUCUUCAUUGUAGCUGAAGAGGCCCUCAACAAACGAGCCGCCUCAGGAGAUAAAAAAGAGGAUAAGAUGCUGGCCAAGGUGAUGCAGAACCUGAACGUAGAGAUGAAUGACAACAAAAUAGAGGCCAACCUGAAGGGGGAUAUCAGGAUUGUCACAAGCUAAGGCCAGAGCCUAACCUUCCAGCUUCAUAGCUUAAGAGAAAUUGUAUCUUACAUGGAUAAACGUAACAAAAUACACUGACUGCAGUGA